UUGAAACAGCAGACCUACUCCAGCACAUCAGACGUGAUAUCAUGGCAUACCGGAAAGUGUGUGACGCCCAGGGUGGCCCACUGGUCGGUGAGGGUCCACACUGCUCUGGAGGUCUGGACUGGGACCUAGACAAGGAGGAGCUGCAGGAGCCAGGACCAAGCAUGGACCGAAUGCAGAUGCAACAUAUAGACUGCCAGAGAUCAGCGUGUUCAGACCCUGGCCCUGAUCCUGACCCCGAGUUGAUGGAACCCAUCCAGCCUUCAGUUUCUGUUUCACCACAUGGUCGGUUUGAACGACUCCAGGAAGAUCCGAACUACAUCUCCCACUUUACCAGGGCUCCUGCUCACAAAGGUCAAAGACGACUUCACUGCUUCCUGCUCAGGUACUUCCUGGCUGCAGUGGGGCUUUUUGUCCUGGGUCUCCUCAUUGGCUGGUUCACUCACACGCAAAGCGUGAAACGUCCUGUGCCCCAGUUCGAUAGCUCGGACUUGCUGGAGGAGCUGCUUAAACGAAUCACAGCCGAAAAGAUAGAUGCUCUUCAGAAGUCUUUCUCCAGCCUACCCGAUAACAGUGAGGAAGCCAGUGCCAGGUACCUCUACAGGCAGUGGGUGGGACUCGGUUUGACAGACGUCCACCUAUCCAAUCACACAGUCCUCCUCAGCCUGCCUGGUUCCACACCCAACACAAUCACUGACAGGUCUAGUCACCAGUGUUUCCUGCCAAACGGGAACCCCUGUGACCAGCGUGGCCCAAACGACCUGCCGAGGCAGCAGUUCUCUUACGCAGCCUACUCCGCUGUUGGAAGUCUACAGGGAGAGGUGGUGGAUGUUCAGUACGGGAGUGUGGAUGACCUGCGGAGAGCCAAAGACAGCCUGAACCUCACCAACCGGAUUGCCGUGGUCAAGCUUGGCCAAGCACCCUUGCUCUACAAGCUGUCCCUCCUCUCUGAGCUGGGUUUUGGGGGUGCCCUGCUUUACGUUGACCCCUGCGACGCCCCCCCCGGCCGCCACACCUGGAAUCAAGCGUUCAGAGUCACCCUCAACCCCGGAGGAAAUCCUGCCAUUGCUGGGCUGUCAAGAGAGGCUGGAGAAAGUCUGACAUCCCUGUUGGUUCAGCCAAUCUCUGCCUUCCUGGCCAAGAAGUUACUGUCCUCUUCAUCAGCAGGGCAAGGAGACUCCUGCAUUCCUCUUGUCAUGCCUGCCAACUCAGAGCGAAAGAAGAUCACGCUGACGGUUGGCAGCCAGCUGUCCUACAAGAAGAUCUACAAUGUCGUGGGAUACCUGAAAGGAAGGAGGAAUCCAGAUCGCUAUGUGCUGGUUGGCAGUCGCCACGACAGUGACCAGAGAGGCGGGGCUUCAGCUAUCAUGAAUCAGCUCAUCGCGGCCCUGACAGAGCAGACCAAACAAGGAUGGGUGCCGGACCGUACCACUGUGUUUUGCUCCUGGGGAGGCUCAGCCCUGGGAAACAUUGGGUCCUACGAGUGGGGAAAGGAUAACAGUGUUGUCCUGCAGAGCAGUGCAGUGGCCUACGUCAGUCUGAACUCUCCAGUCAGAGGGACAGAGACUCUGAGAGCUGCAGCCUCCCCGACUCUGCUGCAACUCACCUCCGACAUACAGAGGAGACAAUUGCUGAGUUGCAUCCGUGGUGGGAACUGCCCCGGACCCACCGUCAGUUCGCUGCAGUUGCCUGGAGAUGUGAGUUUCUUCGCCAACCAACUGGCUGUUCCCACCGUGGAGUUUGCCUUUGAGCAGACCAAAGGGGAGGAGAACACCGGUUUCCUGUCUGAGGCCCAGUUCUCUGUGGAAUCGCCAGAGACCCUGGACCCACUUUUCAAGUUCCAUGAAACCAUUGCGAAGAUGACGGCAGAAGCCAUUCUUCGUCUGGUCAAUGACCCUGUGCUGCCGUUCUACCCUCUGGACAUUGCCCUGGAUGUACAGAACAAACUCAAAGACAAAAGCGUGGUAUCUCCGUCCAUGCUGUCCUCAGCCGCCUCCUUGAGAGACCACGCAGCUUUCUUCCAGUCAGAAACGAUGCGGCCAGCCAAUGACCCCAAAGAGCGCGACCCCUCCCACGUGCGAAUGCUGAAUGAUGUGCUACGUGACCUGGAGAAGAGCUUCAUCAUCCCACAGACGCCGCCUGGAGUUUACAGAAACCUGUUAUACAGCCUCCCUGGAAAGACUCCUCGGUUUUCCGUCCUGAGGUUCUCACAGGAGGCCGCGCUGCACUGCAACGUCUCCAGCAAAGCAGUCAAACACAACACAAACGACAAGGAAGUGCUUUGCCACAGCACCAUGAACCAGUCUCUGUCUCUCAUCCUCAGGGCCAUCCGGUCAGCAGAGAGGCUGGUCUGUUUUGGCUUGGACUUGUUUGAAAAUUACCAGAGAGAAGCUAAAUGAUCUUGGCUGAUGCCUGGAUCCACUCAGCAGCAAAACCUACGACUUAUCAAGUCACAAUAUUCAAAUAGAUGUGGAAUAUUAAAACACAAUCGACCCCCUGACCAACCUCAUUCAAACCUUAUCUUACAUUAAAAUGAAUUCAUGGAAAAGCUGAGAGAAUCCACACACAUUUUACUAUUGUUCGACAGAACAUUUAAAUUUGAUCUAGGAUUAAAUUAAUAAAUGCAAAAAUAUGUAUAUUCUGUCUCUACAGAAGAAGCCAUUGUCAAAGUUUCUCUGUGAUGGUGGCUGUUUGUUAAUGCUUAAUACAGGGAAAUUUUAGUAUUUUAAAAAUUUAAUUGUGGCCAUUCUGACUAUGAAUUAAGCUAACUUCACAUGUCUAAAUAUAUCUUUCUAUUUUCUCCCGUCAAACCAAAUCUAAUGCUUUGCUGGCCACACCACCUUUUUUUUAUUUGAUUUCCACUUUGUCUUAUUGAACAGAUUUAGCACUCAAUUCUUACUUAACACUCCUGUUGAUUUGAAGCUUCAGUUCUAACUCACUUUGGAGUAAAUUGUUUAACAAAUGACUGAAUGUAAUUGUAACCAUUAGCCACUGCUAGCAACAUCAUAAUGGCCACGUAUAUGAGAAUAAGACCCAGGUUAAAAAAUACAGUUUUUCUUUCGUUGAAAGAAUUAUAUUACUAAUUCACCUUACAACCUAAACAUUGUAAGCCAGGGGUCUUCAACGUUUUUCAGGCCAAGGACCCCUAAACUGGUGGAGAGAUGGAGCAGGGACCCCCUACUAUAUAUAUUGUAUAAAUUUGUUUUUUAUAUUAAACUGGACCUAGUGCAUUAUUUAAACAUAGCGAACCUGUUAUUGCGCAUUCAAUACUAAGCUAUUCAAAUACAACACGGGUGCAUAUAUUCAUGUUCAAUUUAAACAUGUGCACGGUACAGGGUGGCCAUGCCACUGCCAUGUAUAAACAUACAUAUUGCAUACAACACUGAGCUAUUAAAGUAAUUCACAGAUUCAUUUUUCUAUUUUAAACAUACAUGUAGAAGAAACAGUGAAUCCUCAAGCCAAAACAUGCUCCCACAUCAGUGAGAUGUCGGACCCUGAUGGGUAGCACACAACUUAUCUAACCUUGGACAGAUGGAGGUUGUCAGGCAGAGGGUCAAAUCAGCCUCUCAAUAAGUUGGAUGCAUGUUUAUGUGUAUUUAAAGAUAUUUAAAAGAUGUGGAAAAAAAUUGGUUAGAAAAAAUAAAUCGUCUAAUCAACCAAACAUUUCACGACCCCCCUGCAGUACCUCCGCGGACCCCCUAGGGGUCGCGGACCCCCUGUUGAAGACCUCUGUUGUAAGCAAAAAGCCAUUAUAUAACUGUCCAGCAACAAGAUUGCAGUGGGUGAGCAUGACAUUGCUCCACACACUAGACAAUCCUUCAAUUCCUCAGUUUGAGCAUUUGGUGACGCUGAGUCCUCGUGUCGAAGGGCCAGGAGAGGUUUAAACCCGUCAAGGGCCAACAGGGAUUUUGGCAGUGACAGGGAUCAAAUACGGUCAAACACACAUGGUAGAAGUAUGUUAUAAUGCCUGUGAUCAAAGAAGUCACCAUUUGAGACAGUUUUUGUAUUUUUUAUCAAUUGAGAAUUAGCCAAUUCUACUAUAUUAAAUGUACCAAAAAUGCAAUUGUUUCUCUUCAGAAAAAGUCUUCCAUCAUUCACAACAAUCUCAGAGAUUGGACGUGAUGAAAAUACUCAUAAUUCUUUAGUAUGACUAAGAGAGGAUAAACAGCAGACUGCAGCCAUUAUACACAGAUUCCAACUGGUUGCAUUUACAGCCAUUACGCAGAGUUGGACACUUGCUCUGUGUGUGUGGACGUCUUUUCCACUUUCUCAGUGUCUGUGCUACACUUCAUGUUUUAAGUGGCAGAGUUGAGUGUCAUCUUUCCACCUCCUCCUUCUCUUCAUUUUUCUUAUAUUCUCUCCAUUAGUGAUGCUACCAUCCAUUGAUCUCUGUCAUUCGGUGGCUGUUUGUGCUGCUUUGGACAACAGGAGUCGGAGGCUGAUGUGCUGCUCUAAUAGCCUGCACAAGCCUAAAUAGAGACUGGAGCAAUAAAUCAGCAUCAUUGGUGUUGCUCUUAAAAGACUAGUUAAUGUAAUGGAAAAAUAGAACAAUAUCCAAACAAAACUACAAGGCAGACAUCAGCAGCUCUUUUAGUCAUGUGAUUCAACAUUUGUGUACAAAAUAGUCUGGGCUCCAGAUUUUGUGUAGUUAGGCAUAAUAUUUGCUAGAAUAGUGUUUCAGAGAAAAACGAUGGAGUUUAUUUUGUCUCAAACUGCACGCAUGUUAAAAACCACGCCCGUGCAUAUGAUAUGAAUGCACCAGGAUUCCUACCCUGCAGUUAUGGAGGCGCAGGGUUGAGGGGAGUAGGAUUUGCUCAUCCCUUCCCUAUGCGCUAGUGGGUAUGGAUUUGCACUUGCAUAUACUGUUCUGUGCUCUCUUAUGAAAAGUGUGGCAUGAUUAUUAUUUGCGCACACUUUGAGACUAAAUAAAUGCCAUAAAAAACAAUUUCAAACAAUUUCAUAUCUUAGCUUAUUCGUAAUAGUUUUGAAUGUGAUUUUUUAGCAUGAUGGGGUUGGGAGGGUGUGAUCUUUUUGCAGCUGGUAAUUUAAGAAUAAACCUGAAUUGUGUAGGGUUUAAACAUGUGAUUUAGGAUCUGGAAAUAUUCAAACAGCACUGUCUACAAGUCUUACUUGCACAGAUAAUCAGUUUAUUCCAGUGUUUAGUGCUUCCACAGUCAUACUGAUGUACUCAAAUAAGCUUAUUUUUAGUCUUAGAAUAGUUUUUUAAAAUGACAUCUCAAUUUGUAGCAACAAUUUGAUACACACAAUUUUGUAAGGUGUAUCGAUUAUUUGUAUUUGAAUGUCCAGUUUGUAAAUUCGCAGACUUGCAAUACUGAUUUAGAGAAACAAAAACUUUUCAGGGAUCAAAAUCAUAAAUUCUCAUUGCUUUAAAUAUUGUGCCUUUUAUCAGUAAAACGUAAGCUUUAAAUUACCAUGUGAAAUGGAAUACCAAAAGAUUGUCAUACAAUUGAGCAGAUUGAUCAACUACCCACCACUGUGUUAAAUAAUAGAAAGGUAUCCAGUGUAUUGUUAGCUAGUUACAAUGUUUCCUUUGGUGCAUGUUGUAAAUACACACAGACUGCAUGCAUAUUGAAAAAAAAUACAUUUUCUUUUAGAAUCAGUCUCAAUGUGUCUCUUCUACUGGUUGUUAUUUUUUAAGAAACUGCUGUGCUAAACUCGCUUGCUUGGAAUUGCUAGUCAACAGUGUAAAGACAAUGCCGUAAUAGUACUUUUAGUACAUUUUAUUGUUACUAUUCUAGAAAUCCAAUCAAUCUAAGGUCGUAGGUGCUUUGAGUUAAAAACUGUUGCCUCGUUGUUUUGAAAAAGGGAAAGAUACCAGACUUGCAUGGAAUACAAAGCCUACAGUCACAAUAUGCUGGGAAGGAAAAGGAAGUGAUUUCACCAGCACCUUGAACACAUCAUUUAAAAAUGGUACACUACCUAUUUCAGAAUGUAAAAAUCAAUGUAUGUUGUGUCUUGUCCACUGGUGAGACACUGAUGAGUAUACACUGAUACUGUCACCGUGGCACAAAGUUAAAAAACCAAACCAUAAUAAGCACCAAGUCCCAGACGGUCACCAUCAAACAUUCCUGUAGGUGACACGUAGCUAAAGUCCUGUCGGUAAAGUCUCAAAUCCCCAGAUGAAAAACAAUCAUCCUGCGGCACAGCUGAUAUCGCUGUUAUAAACUCAAACAGUUACCCUAAGACACACAGAUACUGGUUUUGAUUCUGAUUACAGUUGGCCUGAUGUGUUACAGUAUACAGUGCAGUAAGUGCUGCAACACAGCAUUAAUCGUAUGCAUCUGUUUGGUGUAGAAUUGCAUGCUGAUACAUUUAUGGUGAAUUCACUACUACUCAUCAUAGAGCUUGGACUUCAUGCUCACACUGUUUGAUACGAAGUGGUUCUCAACCUUUUUUGUUUAACAAGUCAAAAAUAACAAUCCUACUUGAUUGUCUGUUUUGAACUGGUACAGUUAUGGUAAAUUAGAGGGUACAAGCAUUCAUCUUGUUAAUGUCGGUAAACUAAUAUUGCAUAUAUGUGAUCAUCUCUAAUACAAACUGCUUGAUUGCACAAACAGAGCCUACACCAGAGGUUCCGCGAACUAUGUACAGUAUUUAUUUGAAAAUUGAAUGAUAUGCAAUAAUUUUUAUAGAAUUUGAUGAUACUACAAACUACUGUGGAAUUCGCACAAAAUUGUGAAUUUUCUCUGUGAUGUCCCUGAUACAAAUGAACUCCCUAACCCGUUGCAGUUGCAGAGAAACUGCUGACGCUGAAUUAUGUUGUUUGUUUUCUGUGUGCUUUAAAAAAAAAUAUAUAUAUAUAUAAAAAUAUGUCUUGUUAUUGUUUGAGGUUUUUGUGAAAACCAGUGGGAAUAUUUUUUAAUUUAAGUGUUGAAUAACGGUCAAUCUGUAGAUGCAUCUUCUGAUGAUUCAAUAGCCCUAUUUCAUUGUGCAUGUCAUGAUAACAUAAGUGGCACAUGCAGGGAUUUUUACUGGCAUGGAUUUUUGCCCUCUUUGCAAUUUGUGUUG